AAGUGUCGCAGCGGUGUUAGGCAUUUAUUUUCUAACACGUCGACAUUUUGCAGGUCCUUGAAUGACCACAGGCUUCGCGUGAAAUCGCCGAAAAUACAUAAAGUGUUUUGUUUACCGCUGAAUUGGUUACUUACUUCCUGUUUUUGGUCCGGGGACUUGCAGGUACCAGGAUGAAGAAAAAUGCCAGGAUGAAGGACGGUCACGCGGUCUGCGGGCCAGCCGGUUGCCAGUUACCCAACAUAUCAUUCAUUAAGGCCGGUAUCGUGGCUAAACUAAGUAAAAGUAAAUGCACGUUUCCAGUCACAUUUAGACAUUGCAUAAAUACUGUCAAGGUAUUAUGUCACCAUCUAAAAACGAAACAGGCUUGAUGACAGCUGGAUUAAUAGCUUUACAAUUUGUAGGAUAAUCACAUUUGGCAACCACGUACUCCGCUUGAAAAUAUCUUCCGCUGAAAACAUGCAUCUCUCUCACGAAGGCGGGACAAAAAUGAAAUUAAUAUUACAAAUAAAAACUAUUUUAACAUACAUUUUGAAAAUAUAAACAAUUUAAUAUGUUUACAUAUACAUAUACAAGCAAACGGGACUACUUUCAAAGAUCUCCUGGUUUAUCUGUCAAAGGUUCCGCUUUUGUUUGUACCGGAACUAAAGACGUACGGAAAAUUCAAGUUCCGCAAGUCUUAACAAGAGAAAAGCGGACAAUUAUCUGCUUUAUCUGUUACGAAAUGGCAGAGAAACCAGUGCGAGUUUUGGUGUGUGGAGACGUGGAAGGCAGGCUCGGUGCUGUGUUCGACAGAGUCCAGACCAUCCAGAAGAAGACAGGACAGUUUGAUCUUCUGCUUUGUGUGGGAGAAUUCUUUGGGUUGACACCGGAAGCCGAGGAAGAGUGGCAGCAGUACAAAAGCGGAGCAAAGAAAGCUCCCAUCCACACGUACAUCCUGGGCGCAGCAAGCCAGGAAACGGUGAAGAACUUCCCGAGCGCCAACGGCUGCGAGCUGGCAGACAACAUCACGUAUUUGGGUGAGGAACAUCUUCACGCUUCGCAUCUUCAUCCUGGCUCCUUCAAAGGCACCUCCCCAUGAUCUGCAGGUCGCCGUGGUGUGUGGACGGGCGUGUCGGGCCUGCAGAUUGCCUAUGUCAGCGGUCGGGAAGCCCGGCAGCAGCCGGCCCCUGCCCACUGCUUCACGGCCAAAGAUCUGACGGCGCUGGUGGCCCCCCUGACCAGCAGCUCCCAGUUCAGAGGCGUGGACAUCCUGCUGACAUCGCAGUGGCCCAGGGGGGUGUGGCACUUCGCAAACAACCCGGUAAGGAAGUGGACACAAAGUCUUGCGGGAGCGGCAUCAUCGCAAACUUGGCGGACAAAGUGAAGCCGAGAUACCACUUUGCUGCACUAGAGGGCGCUCACUACGAGAGACUACCUUACAGGAAUCACGUGGUUCUGCAGGACAACGCACAGCACGUCACUCGCUUCAUCUCCCUGGCAACAGUCAACAAUCUUGCCAAGAAGAAGUACCUGUACGCCUUCAACAUCAUUCCCAUGAAGACCAUGGACCAGUCGGAGCUAGUCAAGCAGCCUCAGGACGUGACGGAGAACCCCUACAGGUGCGGCGCCCAAGACGGGAAGGAGGCGUUAAAGAGCAGCUUGGGAGUUGCAGCGGAAGAGGAGCCUAGCACGCAGUUCUUCUUUGACCUCAGCAGCAGGCGGGGCCAUGGCGGCGCUCGGGGUUGCGGCAGGAAGAGGCCGGACUGGGAUGGAAGAGGACGCGAUGAAAUGGGACACAAACAACCUCGCAGGCACCCACCUCCCCCUGGGCCCUGCUGGUUCUGUUUGGCCAGUCCUGAGGUGGAGAAACACCUGGUGGUCAGCAUCGGGACACACUGCUACUUGGCGCUGGCCAAAGGCGGCCUGACCCCGGGUCAUGUGCUCGUCCUGCCCGUUGGCCACUACCGGUCUGUGGUGGACCUGGCCUCGGAGGUCCUGCUGGAGAUGGACAAGUACAAGGUGGCGCUCAGGAGCUUCUACAAAAGCCGAGGAGAGCGCUGCGUGCUCUUUGAGAGGAACUACAGGAGCCAGCACCUGCAGCUCCAGGUGGUCCCAGUGCCGCUUGACCGCUGCACCACCAAGGACAUCAAGGAGGCCUUCAUGGUUCAGGCUCAGGAGCAGCAAAUGGAGCUGAUGGAGAUCCCACAACACAGCGACCUCAAACAGAUCGCCCCGCCCGGGACGCCAUACUUCUACGUGGAGCUGGACUCGGGUGAGAAGCUCUUCUACCGCAUCCAGAAACAUUUCCCGCUGCAGUUCGGGAGGGAGGUUCUGGCCAGCGAGGCGGUGCUGAACAUCCCCACCCGAGCCGACUGGAAGGAGUGCAAACAAAGCAGAGAGGAGGAGGCGGCGGCGUGCACGCGGCUCAGAGACCACUUCCAGGCGUACGACUUUGCCCUUGACUGACCUUGACUUCAUUUUUGUAAAUAAAAAACAAACUCAC